CAUUUUUUUUCAUAUUUGUUUUGUUUCCUUUUACGUCAUAAAAAACGAAAACAUAAUGAAAUUGGAAUUUGCGAUCAAAACAUGAACAUUUUAAUGUUAAAUGAUGAUUGCCUGGAGGAAAUUUUUAAGUGCCUCGGCGCGGAAGAGCAGAUUAUAAAUAUUUUGGUUUGCAGAAGAUUUAAAAAAAUUAUAGAAGCGUUGUGGCAUCGUAAUACAUUAUCUAGAAUUCGAUGUAAUAUGUUCAAAACUUAUGCCAUAAAAAGAAAAAAAUUCGAGGACUAUUUGUUUCAAAUCCAAUACAUUAUCACAAAAAUGGAUAUAAGAAUAUUUAAUGAUGAAAACAUUAAGAGCAUAAAUAAGUUUGUUUUUCCCAAUGUGAAAGAAUUAUCUUGUAGUACUAUAGAUGAGAAUGAACAAAUUUCAACAUCUCAAGCUUAUAAUAAGGAUGAAUUGGCAAAAAUGUUUGGAAUGAGUUUUCCAAAUUUAACAAAACUUAGUAUAAGAAGUGAUAUAACAGGCAAAUACAUUGAUUCUUUACCGUUUUUGGAAGAUUUAAAUCUAAGCGGUUGCAAAUUUUUGGAAGCAAAAUAUCUUUCUCGAAUAUUUACUAGCGUUAAAUUGAAAAAAUUAACUUUUUUAUAUUUUGGAAAAAAAUAUUUUGAUUUCGAAAUAGAUAAUAUUGUACGCUGUACUACUCUAGAAGAAGUUAUUAUAGAUUAUUAUCAUCUAAAAUUACUAGUUGAUAUUUUACCUAAUAUGGCAAAUUUGCGAAAAAUUACCUGUUAUUCCAGUGAGGAUUUUACACUAAGAUUGCCUUAUGAAAUUGAAACGAAAUUGAAAAAAAUUGCACUGAAUCACUGUUUCUCCUAUAGCAUGAUGUUUUAUUUACUUAAAAAUAUGGUCAAUUUGGAAAAACUAUACGUAUAUGGUGCUAGUUUCUACGAUUAUGAAAUGGAAUGGCUCGCUAAGGAUCUGCAAAAUUUGAGAGAACUUCAUAUUGAUAAUUGCGUAUUCCAAACCAAAAAUGGUCUAUUAAAUUUUGUUAAAUAUUUCAACUUAGAAGUGUUAAGCAUAUCUGAAACUGAAUUAAGUAAUAGCUUUAUUAAAGAAUUGAAUGAUAUCAUUAGUGCGAAAUGUCCAGAAAAACCACUAAGAGUAUACUGCACAAAAACGACCGCAUCUGUGGAGUUUAUUAAAAAUGUCAUGGAUUUAUCACCUAUGAUACAAUUUUCAUUUGAGUCAAUUGAAAAACCACUACCAUUUAAAGGAUAUUCCCUUGAGUGGGAUCCAAAUGAUAAAUGAGACCAAAUUAAUUAACAGACAAAGUAUUUAUUUAUACAUUAGAAUAAAAUAUCACGUUCACACUAAAAUUGCAUUCAUAUAAAACAUUAUAUUCCUGCUAAGAUUUGCAAAUUAGACACUUUUAUUAUUAAUGUUGUUAAAAAAUUUAAUUUGAUUUGUUAUUGCUUUUAAAGCAAAAUUUUUAAAUACUCGCGAUUUUGCACAGAAAUUUUAUUAUUCUAUAAGAAACAUAUGUACUCCUCAUU